AUCUCUUGUUACGAUGCUCAGCGUAUUUGUUGCUGUUCGGUACGUUCGAACACCUUUUAUUUUGUACACGACACCGGCUCGAUACUCGCUGAACGUGCACAGAGAAAAAUGUUGUUAACGUGUAUCCCGGAUGGCGGGGACGUUGGUUACACGAUGACGGAACUGCAGCCGUCGCCGCCAGGAUAUCGAGUCCAGGAUGAGGCCCCGGGCCCACCUUCCUGUCCUCCGGGCCCGUACAAGUACGCGAGUCACGGCCACGGGGCCGAGCCUACCAAUUUCAAGAGUGCCACGUCGUAUCCUCCGGAAGGCUAUGCCCUCAAGCAGAGUCCGUCACGCGCGGCGCUAUCUAACGAGUACUAUAGGCGCAGAAACGACGGCAGGAGGUCCGCGGAGGAGCACGAGCCUGCCAACAACCCGGCUAAGAAAGCCACGGCUCCCGGUUACAACGAAAGUCACAAGAAGAAUACUGCUGGCUACAAAAACGAUAGCGGAUACAGCGAGAGCGUCGGAUUUGACAGUUUCACGCUGCCUCUCAACGAGAGAGACGAAGCAUCACCACCGCCAACGCCACCAGUCCGAGACGCUUCCAGCCUCAAAGGUGUCUGCUAUGGGCCUGGCCACGAGAAGUACCCAUCGUGGCCCAGCGCGCCGGAGAGACACCCUGACGAGGACGUUCACGGCGCAGGUCACAACAGCGGAUCCCAUCGUUCCAAGUCCUGGACCGAUCACACCAAUUACCCGAAGGAGAAGCCAGCCCAAUACACCAGACCGCACACGAAGAGGCCCAAUCCUGCGUUCACGCAGCAGCUGAAGACCGUCAUGGAGCGCUGCGAGAAGAUCCCAGCGGAGACUUUCGAGUCGCGGAACAGGGCCAAUGUGGAAGAGGAGCCGAGAUUAUGGCCCCGCGUCGAUCGCGAGGGAAAAGCGCUGGGUGACGAAGAGUAUGUCGUCCCGUCGCCGCCGGAACGCGAGCAGCAAACCGCUCAGACCCUCAGCCAUGCUGAUCUGGAAGCUUAUGUUAGGAGCUACCAGGAUCCCCAAGUGUCCCAGGUGGACAUAUACAGGGAGGCCACACUGACACAAGCAGGUCUCGAGGAGUACACGAGGGUGCAGCACUCUCAACAAGCCAGCUACGCACAAUCCGAAGGCUACCACAGUUAUGUUUCCAGCGUGGACUCCACGACGAACACCCCGUUCCUCGACAGAUUACGGAGAGACAGCGAGGCAGUGGCACAAAGGCCAACCUCCACCUGGGAGGACACCUCCAGAGAGGGGAGAGACAGCGUGGUGACCACCUCGAGCGGCAGUGCCUCGAGCAGCGAGACCCUGAAAUGGCACGGCUCGAUGUCGGACGUGAGCGUGUCUAGCGGUCUACCGGCUCGGCAGAGUACGUCGGAUCGCUGGCACCACGGUUCAAUGUCGGAUGUCAGCAGCGUGAACGGCGGGAUUCUGCCGCAAAAAUCGAGCAACGGUUGCCACGACAAGUGGCAGGGUUCUAUGAGCGAUGUGAGCAGCACCGGGCUCUCCCCGACCACGAAGGGCAGACACAGCGAGAAAUGGCCCGACAAGUGGCAGGUGACGAUGAACGACCGCAACAAGCAGAACCAGGGCAGAUCCAGCUUGCCAGCAGUGAUCAGCCAUUGUAGCUCGUCGACGAACGUUGCCGACGUUUCGACGGUGCGAGAGAGCAAGUGGCAGGAGUCGAACAUCGACGAGGAGUCGCUGGAUAAAUCGCAGGCGAGCUCCGAAUGGGACGGUUCCAUGCGGAUCGAGAACGAUAAAUAUGGAUCGCUGGCGCAGCCUAUGCCGCAGAGCCCUAUUCGCCAGCAGCCGACGAGUCCCCAGAGUCCGGAGACCUGGAACCCGAUCCACGGGUCCAUGUCCGACGUCAGCCAGUCCAACGGACUGUCUUGCAGCAAGCAGCUGAUCGCCCACAGCGCCAGAGUGCAGACUCCGCAGAGACAUCAUUCGGAGAGCGUCCUCUACUUGGAUCGCGAGAGGAACCAGCGAAAACUGUACCCUGUCAGCACCACGCAGCCCCAGGAGCCUGCGCAGACCACGAGAAUCUCUUCGACCCAGCCGCCCCAGAUGUCCGUGGCAGAGCGCAUAAACGAGCUAGAGAAGCAGCAACAGCAGCAGAUGCGCUAUACCUACCUAGACCCCGAGAAACGUCACCGCGUCUCCGAUCCUACGCUGAAAGCUAUCCAGAAAAAAGCAUUAUUGUCUUUCUACGAGCGUCAUCACCAAGCUUCUUGGCGGUCCGAGCCACAGUUGGCCCAGGGAACGGCUCCAGCCCCGCAGAGUCCGCCGCCGCAGCCGCCGCCCCGUCCCAGGCCGUCGUCCUCGAGACGAGCUAGCUCCGCUUCCGACUAUGCCAGCGGUGCCUGGCGAGAGAACGCAAACAGAAGUCAGAGCCAGGGCAACGGGGACCUGCCGAGUCCCAAGCACCAGCACAGCAACAGCUGCGGCAGCUUAUCCACGGAUUUGCUGGGCCCGGUUAUCGUUGGGCCGGCUAUAUCCAUCGACGACUGGGUGCCGGAAAGGCCACCGAAGAAGCCGCACUUGAGGAACGCGUACAACGACCGGGUUCCUAGCCCAGACUUGCCUCCGCCCUCGCCUCCGACGGUCACCGAGAACGAAGUCCACGACUGCGACGACCCUCUGCCGCCUCCGCCGCCGGAACUCAGCGAGGACUGCUUCGCGGACUCUCAGAGGAAGUCUAACCACCAUCCGGAAGAGUCGAAGGCUCGAGACAGGUCCUGCGAUAGACACAAGCUGGAGAGACACUCGAUGAGAAGAUCCAAGCACGGUAACAAGAGGGAGCACGAGAAGUCCGCGUCUUCCGGGAAGUCAUCUCCGAACUCUCCGACGAAGACUCCGCAGGAACAGGAUCACCAGUUCGUGAGAGCCACCAUAGCCCUGAAACACGCCGAGUCGGAGCUAGUUCUUGAGAACGGCGUCUCCGCUGGGUUCGCUACUCAUAGAAUGGUGGCCACAGGUAGGUCCAGCUUGAGAUACCCCUCUACGCAGAAGCUGAUGGUGAACGGAAGAGUGACGCCGGCGAGGAGGAUAUCCGAGGAGCGCUCGUUCGCCAACAGACCCCCGGCGCAGCUGCCCGAUCUCAUUUCCCAGCGGUACAGCGACUCCGGGAACCAGAGGCCGGCACCACAGGUCCCGGUAGAGCCGAGGAUCAUCAGACAGGAGUCUAUGAGAGUGGACAGUUCCAGGCUGGACGUCUCCGGCCUGCUGAGAAACGAAUCUUCCCAGAGACUGGAGUCGUCUUCCGGCCAGAGACCUCAGCCCCAGGUGCCCAAGAGCGUCGACAAGAGUUCCUCCGGCAAUCAGGCCAACCAAUCGGCGAGACCGAACUAUCUACCUGUUCCCGAGAACCAGAAGAGCGCCUCCAAGUACCUGGAAGCUGGAGGCCACGGCUUCUCGAUCGGUAGUCCGGUGAAGACCGGCUACGAGGCCAACUCGAAGAUGUUCCCGGCGGAGUCCAGUCCUCAGAAGUACCACGAGCCGCCGAAAUACGUGGCGAACCAUCACCAACGCCAUGGGGACGCAACGCAGAGGAACUACUACGCCCUGCCGCCGAAGUACAUCGACGCUCCGAAGCAGAAACCUCAACCACAGUGUCCCCCCGAAAGAUUCAGCGGCUCUGGGUCGCCUAGUUCGCCGCCCCCGCCGCUCGCACCUCGACAGAACACGCCUGGAAGGAAGUCGCUGCCACCGCCGCCGAGACCUGCACCCCCGCAUGCUGUCCAAGGGAGCCAGUCGAAGGCCUCUUAUCUGGCGUACCGCCGGGAGCGCGGGGCGCCCGAUAGCGAGGGCAGCUACAAGAGGACCAUGUCGCCAACGUCCCGAUUAGAGGACUGGCCACCGCCGCGGGAUCACGACGACCCGGUUCUGCUGCGCGUGACGCCUCAUCAUCAGCUGCAGCAUCAUCACCAUCACCAUCACAACAAUCACCAGCCGGAGCUGUCCAAGUCGCACAGCGUGGACGCGCUUCAUCAUCGGAUAGAGGAGCGUGCCGCUCAGCAGCAGCAACAGCAACAGCAGCAGCAGCAACACCACUCGGCGGAGGUGAUCGGGAAGCUGUCGCACGACCUGAACAAGAAACUGCAAGCGAGCGACGCGAGAUCCCGGACCGCCGAGAACAAUAACAACGACAAUCUGGAAGACCGGCAUCAGCACCACCAUCAUCAUCAUCAUCACCAUCUGGAGAAGAGGCAGCAGGAGAAGAGGCACGAGUACGAGCAGCGAAGAGACAGACUGUCGCCGCAGAGCGUCGAGGUCCUUAACGACAGGAACCGGCAGCUGGAGCGGGAACGGAGGAAGCUGGCCGCUAGCUGCGAACCCCUACCUCAGAACAGAGAGAAGCAGCCCCGAAGCAUGGAGGCUCCGUCAUCGCUGGAGGAGGACUUCUUCCGCGAUCGGAGCGCAACGAUCGAGAUGACCUCGCAGAACAUUGAACUGUUGAACCGUCGCAACGAGAAGCGAGCGAACGCCAGCUCGACGUCUACGACGACGAUCGCCACGUGCAUCACGACGUCCUCGACUUCGACCACGAUGACGAUCUCGUCGGACAGCUGGCCACGUGGCAGCGAAGCGCAGACUUCUAUAGAGACCUCGCCCGCCUCGGAGAGGCCGCCGCCUCCGACGAGUUCGCCUCCGAGAUCGCCGGAUCAAAUCGAAGGGGAGAGCCUGAGAGGUUCGGCUCCUAGACGGUCCGGAAGCUGCUCCAGCUCGUCCUCGUCUUCGAGAUCGUCCGACCCGAGGAUCUCGCCGAGAAGUUUGUCGAGCAGCUUCUCGAAGAUCGAGGGAUCGCCUGCCAGCAGAAAGGUGUCGAGUCCGACGCAAACGGAGAACACCUCGAACAGGUCCGGCUCGCCGGCUCGCUCGAGCCAGAGCAACGAGGUCGAGCUGAGAGUGGAGAGGUCCUCCUCGGCCAAGUCCAGGUCCGGAGAACGCUCCUCCUCGUCCUCGUCGCCGAGGAGCUCCCCGGUUCAGGAGACCAAGAUCUCCCCGCCUGCGUCACCGUGCGUCUCUCCGCAGCCUGGCAUCGAGGGCCUGACCUUGGUGCAGAGAUCCGAGGUCGUUCUGCGGGUGAACACUGCUACCAGCGACGCCGCCUCGCAGACCGAUCUAUUGGAGACGUCGGAAGCCGAAGUCUGCACCAAAAGCCACGAGAUGCCUCUUUGCCGGAAGAAGCUGCCCGAGGAGAUCGAGUGCGAGGAACUGGGACGCGACCUGGCCAGCCAGCUGAAUCCUAACGACAAGCUGGUUUCUCUUCUGGUUCCAGCGCCGGAGCACAAGAAGCCCACCGACUACGUUUCCGGUCUGUUCAGGGUGGAGGCGACCUUGCAGCCGAGACCACGGCGCCGGCUGUCCCUCGAAGAGCCCGCGAGCCCGUGCUCUGAAAACGGGGCCGACGACGAGAAAAAACACGAGUCGAUACCCUCGAUACCCUCGACACCGGUCACCCCGAUCUCGGCCGAAUCGGUCAGCCCUUUGUCGUCCACGUCAGCAUACUUUACAACGUCCGAAGGAAAAGCCAGGUUCCUCACGAGAUACUCGAGGGACGUAACCGUCGAGGGUUUGCGUCAAGAGGAUGCAGCUACUGUUAUCCCAACGGACAGCCUCGAUCUCAGGCAGAAGAAGGAGGAGCUGAUGAUGAGGCUCGACAAGAAACUGGUAGUCCUGAGGGCCGAGCAGGAGGCGGUCAGGGAGGAGGGCGAGGUGAACGAAGCUCUGGGAUCGCGAGUUUCGACGCGGAUCUCCGCGGUCGCGAGACCCGCCGAAGCGUCGAAGUAUCGGCUUCACGUGGAGGAAGUCGGCAAGAUCACCAGCCUUCUUCUUGGCCUAAGUGGCAGGCUAGCACGUGCGGAGAACGCUCUUUACGGAAUGCCGGCCGAUCACGCUGAAAGGAAAAUCCUGGAGAGCAAGAGGGACAAGCUGGUGGACCAGCUAGAGGAGGCGAAGAUCCUGAAGAGCAACAUCGACAAGCGUAGCGUGAACGUCUCGACGAUCCUGUCGAAGUACCUGAACGACGAGGAAUUCGCCGAUUACCAGCACUUCAUCAACAUGAAGGCGAAGCUGAUCGUGGACGGUCGCGACAUCCAGGACAAGGUGAAGUUCGGCGAGGAGCAGCUAGCCGCGCUGCGAGAGGCGAUCGACUAGUCCAUAACAAAUUUCCACCGAUCGUGCCGAUCGAGCGAAUCCAUUUCUCGUUCUUCGGUUUUGUUCUCUCGAGCCUCCACGACGACCAAAACGAUCGAGAAAGAUGAGAACAGGACUCGAUACAGUCGGGGCUCGGGCACGAGUUCUCCCGAGCGUCUGCGAAUCGGUGAACGGAAAGUGAUAAUACGAACCGAUAGGCAUCGGUAGCUUGAUGUUAUUUUUUAACCGCUCUUUGUACAUAUAUAUAUUCGAAACGUCGAGGAGAGAGCAUUUUCGUCUAGCGAAAUUCUACUUGUCCAGCCCUCCCAGUUCUUGCGACCAAGAGAAGAGUUUUAUAUCGAUCCACGUCUGUGUACACUUUUCUGCUUUCGUACGGAGGUUGAGGAUCGCCCCGAUAGACGAUCUUCGAGAUACAGAGAGACAGCCGUAAGUGCCUAGUCGAUGCCGAGCUCGCGUCAUUUGUUACCCGCGGCUCGGUGAAACGAGGAGAAUGCUAUCUUGAAGAACGAGGCUGCGAAGGAACUGUUGUGCUACCUUGCGCCACGCAGACGCUGUCUGGAGUCCGUACUUUCCGUUUAAACUCGAGCGAUGAUUUCUUGUGAUAGUUUGGCUAGUGAAGUUGAAGACUCCGAGAGAAGCUCUAGACCAUUCUGUGCCUAAACGGGAAUCAAAAUUUUAAUAUUAAUUUCGAUCGUUCGCUCGUCGAGUUUACGCGUUCAUUUAAAUUGGUUCUAACGUAUAAAAAAUUUUUGAACGAUAGAAAUAUAGAUUCUAUCUGUCGGUAGGUGUCUUGUGUGGGCGUUGAAGUCUCCUAGAAACUCUAGAAUAUUCAGUGUCUAAACAGGAAUCCAAAUUUUAAUAUUAAUUUCGUUCGUUCGCUCGUCGAGUUUACGCGUUCAUUUAAAUUGGUUCUAACGUAUAAAAAAUUUUUGAACGAUAGAAAUAUAGAUUCUAUCUGUCGGUAGGUGUCUUGUGUGGGCGUUGAAGUCUCCUAGAAACUCUAGAAUAUUCAGUGUCUAAACAGGAAUCCAAAUUUUAAUAUUAAUUUCGUUCGUUCGCUCGUCGAGUUUACGCGUUCAUUUAAAUUGGUUCUAACGUAUAAAAAAUUUUUGAACGAUAGAAAUAUAGAUUCUAUCUGUCGGUAGGUGUCUUGUGUGGGCGUUGAAGUCUCCUAGAAGCUCUAGAAUAUUCAGUGUCUAAACAGGAAUCCAAAUUUUAAUAUUAAUUUCGUUCGUUCGCUCGUCGAGUUUACGCGUUCAUUUAAAUUGGUUCUAACGUAUAAAAAAUUUUUGAACGAUAGAAAUAUAGAUUCUAUCUGUCGGUAGGUGUCUUGUGUGGGCGUUGAAGUCUCCUAGAAGCUCUAGAAUAUUCAGUGUCUAAACAGGAAUCCAAAUUUUAAUAUUAAUUUCGUUCGUUCGCUCGUCGAGUUUACGCGUUCAUUUAAAUUGGUUCUAACGUAUAAAAAAUUUUUGAACGAUAGAAAUACAGAUUCUAUCGAACGACAAGGUGAUAUCUGUCGGUAGGUGUCUUGUGUGGGCGUUGAAUUCUCCGAGCAGCUCUAGAAUAUUCAGUGUCUAAACAGGAAUCCAAAUUUUUAUAUCGAUCCUACGUCGAAGGUUACGCUUUCGGUGAAUUGUUUUCGAAGUCUAUCAAAUUUGUAGACUGUAAAAAUCGAAGUACAGAGUAGUAACAGUCAUCGAAUGUCUCGUGCGAGCGUUGAAGUCUCCAGGAUAGCUCGGGAAACCUUCGAUGUUCCGCAGAGAUUCGAGCGCGAACGUUAAAUCCAACCGAUUGUCUGUAAAGUUUACAUGUUUUGUUAAAUUGUGUUCAGUGUCUGCGAAAUGCUUAGGUGGUAAAAAUCCUAGGUUCGGGCGGUUUAACCUUGCUCCGAUGUAACAAUCGUGACUUAAGUGUCUAAUGCAGCCGUCGAAAUUUCCGAACGACGAAGGAAAUAUCGAUGUACCGCAGGAAUAUAAAUUUUAGUAUUAAUUCCGGAGAGUUGUAUGUCAAGUUUACGCGUUCAUUAAAUCGUUCCCAGUGUUUGUAAGAUUUGUAGGUUGCAAAAAUCGAGAUAUUCGAAGCGACAGCUUGCGCGUUUUGUCUUUUUAGCAUAACAGUUCGAUCGCGGGGGCGCGAGCCGCGGGAUGAUUGACCUAGAAUUACUUCUGGUGCCUUCUUAUAUACGAUAUGUGAUAUAAGGGUAAGGAGUCACGUGGUCGUGAGAUGUGUCCGAACGAUAUGGCAACAAAGCGGCGUGUUGUGUAGCGUGUAUAUAUUAUAUAUUAUAAACGAAGAGAAAGGUAGUCGUUUAAGCGAUGAUACACUUGUAAGAAACACGUACACACGAACAAACGGAGCACACACGACGAAACACAGGUGGAGACACGCAUAACUCAGAAAACCACUCUACAUGCUCACGAUAUACAACGAUUAUUAUUAUUUUGUACGUUUUAUUCUAACCCCGGAGGCUCCCGUGAGCCUCUAUGACGCUUGUGAUCUUACUUAUCUUUGUACGGCCGAGCCAAGGACUCUCGAAACCAGGUGUCGAAAAAGGAUUUUCGAGCCUCCGUGGCGGUCUUAAGAAAAUUUUAUGCCUCGGUCGAAUUUUCGAACUUGUUUUACCCGUUGCUCCCUCCACCCUCUGUCCGAUGUACCCUCGUUCUCAACCCCUAUCUCUACGCUUCCUGUCUUCUCCGUCGGUGAUCGUCUCGCGACCGUCAUGGCCGACCUCGACGACCAAUCCGGGAAGAAGACCUUAGACAAAAUUCGAAGGGAUGGGUCCUCCGGUUCUUUGAGCUCGUUAAUGAGACAUUUAUACGAUGCAACAAAGACUCCGAGAUGGAAUCUGUCCUCUUACACGCCCCUGCGAACGGCUCGCCGUCGUAAAAACUUUGGUGAAAUAUAUCACGAUCGAGCGACGCGAAACUUCUUCGCAAAGGUAAUUGGUACAGAUUAAACAUUGUAUACUGUGACUGCUACAGUCGUUGAAGCUUCUAGCAUAUUCCGAUUGAACACGUUGAUUCGUCUAUUUUACGAAAUUAAAUUCUAUGGUCGAAAAGCUGCGAUAACCAAGAUUCACUGAGAUCAAGUACUCACUGUGAUAGACUCUAACUUUAUAAUGUAGGUUUCACGCAUUAACAGUAACAGUUUCAGUCUUCCUGUCUUAUAAUUCUACAAAUCAUAGUCAACUUUCGGAAGUGAUUCAAUGACUUUCUUUAUUCAAACACAUGUUAUAAAUCAUUGCAAUUUUUCUCAAGAUAAAACGUGUCAGCCGCUUUGAAUGGUCUCGGUGGGUCUAAUGUUAAAUUCAAGGGAUCCAUGUAGCAACAACGUGUUCAAAAAUGAUUGCUGCAAGCUGAAAUUGGAGAAAAUGACAAAACACGUCUGCAGUAGUCGUCGAAAUUUGUUGGAUAUUUGAAUUUGCUGAAACUGCUCGUGUCGCGGAGAAGAAUUAGCAGAUAUUUACAUCGAAUUUGGUAUACACGCGAGAUCGCGUAGUGUUGAAAGAUAUCGGUGAGCCGUGUCGCGAGGAUCGCGAGGGAAAAUUGUCUGCGCGCGUGAAAGACUGAGCACAGGGCAUAAAAUUUCGCGACACAUUUAUAGUCAGUUUCUGUUCCUCGUUUGUUUCUCGCGCCUAUACAACGGCGACACUGUAAUCUCGCCAACCGGAAGCCGCGUUUCCGUAACGUGCUGGCAAGCAACGUUAUUUAUUAUUUCGAUCAUCGCGGUGGAAGGUAAAUAAAACCAAUUGUAUAUAGAAGAAGAAGAAGAAGAAGAAAAAGAAGAAGAUGGAGACAAGAUGAAGAGAGAAGAAGUUUCUCGUCCGAUCAACGGGGAGGAUCGACGGAGAAGAUGAAGACGACGAAGAAAAUGGAAAAAAACCAUGGUGCUCUGCAUAAUCUAUUUUUUACGAGAAGAAACGUUCCAUUAAUCGUGUAGGCUAUUUACUUGUAGCUUAAGAUCAUUACUAUUUAAUAGUGAACCCACAGUGUACAUACUCUUCUUCAGCAUACAAGUUUAGUUUUUAACGUGAUGCGAGGAGGAACCCGAUUUUUUGAAAAGGGCUCGUUUACACACUUCCAGUUAUACAUGCUCGUAUGCGCGUCACACUCAUUAAAUACACACACGUACACGUACACGUACCACACGCGUAAACGACGGCGCUAGGUCGUCGAUAGUCUGACAAUAUUAUCGCAUAUUUCGAAUGUAUUACGAAAUCAUUACGAUAACUACCUUUCCCAAACUCGCUUGCAAUAAAUAACACGUUGGAAAUUAA